CGCGGCGGCAAUUUCCUUGGAGAGUCAGGCACAGGGUUCUCCAUACAAGUGCCAGACUUGCCGAAAGACAUUUGACACAGAAGAGAGCCUAAAUCGCCACACUUUCGCUAUUCACGCCAAACAUGAACUACAGUCCAAGGUGAUCAUUAACGAAAUGAACAUAGUACCACCCUCGACCAGCAGUAUCCAUACUUGUGAAGUUUGCUGUCAGUGGUUCACAGAUGUCACUGAUUUAACUGCACAUAUGGAGAUCCACAAGGUCACGUCCGACGAGUCGAGUGACGACGAACUCACUUGCAAAAUAUGCGACAAACAGUUCUCCGAGAAAGCACACUUGAAGAAACACGAGCUAAUCCAUACGGACGAGAAAAAUCACAUGUGUGAAUUAUGUGAGAAACGUUUCAAAACUAGCAACGGUUUAAAAUGGCAUAAGAUGGUGCACAGCGGUGAAAAGCCCCACACUUGUGAUAUAUGCCAGAAGAGAUUUAGGCACUCGAGCCAUUUAAAAGCACACCUUCAGAUACACAAUGAGAAUAGGCAAUUCCAAUUUACCUGCGCUGUGUGUAAAAAACGGUUCGCGCAAAAAUAUUCUUUGAAGCUUCACAUGCGGAUACAUACCGGAGAAAAACCUUACUCGUGUGAAAUUUGUAGUAAACCAUUCGCUUUUCGGUCUACUUUGAAUAAUCAUAUGAUCUUUCAUACAGGAAAAAAACCUUAUUCGUGUGACGUCUGCCAGAAGCAAUUUACUUUAAAAACUACAUUAAACAAACAUUUAUAUUCUCAUGCCGAUGUCCUUGACUUACCAGACCAACCCGAAGAGAGUUUCUGUUGCGAAGUAUGUGGAAGGAGAUUCCGACAAAAAAGCUAUUUAGCACGACACUUAAGAUCGCAUACUGGAGUAAAACCGUAUGCGUGUGACAUAUGCAAUAAACGAUUUACCCAGCAAGGUAACUUAAGGGCUCAUAAGAUGGUGCACACGGGUGAAAAAUCUUACGCUUGUGAAAUAUGUCGUAAACGAUUCGGAUCCAAAGCUAGUUGCAAAAACCAUAUGAUUACGCACACUGGACAAAAACCUCACGCAUGCAAGAUUUGUAAUAAACAAUUCUCGUAUAAAUGUGCCUUGAACGUGCAUAUAAAAGCAAUACACUAUAGAGAAAAACCUCAUGUUUGUCACAUGUGCAAAAGGGCAUUUGCAUUGAUAUCUACGUUGAAAAUACACAUGUUAAGUCACACGGGCGUGAAACCUUUUUCGUGUCAUGUAUGCGGCAAGGCGUUUACAGUGAAAUACGCUUUGAAAAAGCAUUUAUUGACCCACAGCGGCGGGGCUUCCUCAACUAGCCGACAGAUGCCACCGCGCGCGUCGCACUAUCAUCCGCUACCGCAUUGCAUGAAUUAAUUCUCGCGUGAUGAGUCUCGCAAUAUGAUAAGUUGUAGA